GGGAUAGGAAAUCGUGAGUGAAUGAUUUUACUGAACAUUCAGUCGGCCUGACCACAAACCCCAGUGGUUGUAUUCCAACCCUAACCGCUUGUGCCCACUACCCCACCUUACCCUGUGAAUUGACAAUGCAGCGAUUUCUGGAAGUCUGAGCAGAUUGAAAAUCGCUGCACCUUCUGCGGUCUCACCUUGUUAAUUUUUUGUUUUGAAAGGGAAGAUGUCUAACGCGGCUGACUCAGGUGAGGGAAAGGUAGAGGUAGUAGUCAAGGAGGAAGAAAAAUCUUCCCCCUCUACUCCUACCCCUCCUCCUCUCACCCCUGCUCAGCGGCGCAAGAGGGAAAGUCAGGAAAAACUGCGAGAGCAACAGGCGCUGCUCGCAGAGGCAGAGAGACAGGAGGCGGCUGAGUUGGAAGCUGCAACAGAUGCCUCUAGAAAAGAGUUUCUGCUGCAGCAAGUUGAGAAGACCAUGACUGGCGAGAGGGUGGCCCAGUGUACAAAGUAUCUGGUUGAGCUUGUGAUUUUGCAGAACAAAAUCACCGCCAGCCGCUUCACCAAUUGGGAUGAGAGAAUUCAGCGGUUGGAAACCAGGGUAGGCGACCUGGGGACUCAGCGGUCCAAGAUCCUGGAUGCUAUCCAGAAUUUGACUGCUCAGGCUGCGCCUGAAAAGUUUUCUGUUGCAUUGUACAGCGCAGGGCAUAAGGACUGGAGGUCCUUUGGACGCGCAGCACUGGACAUGGAGGCCAAGCUCCACGUUCAGGCCCCCUCCAGUGACAGGAGGAAAGGCGCCUUCCCUCGCGGUGGUAGAAGGGGAAAGGCGGCCUUUGCGUAUGCGGGCUCUGGAUCAGCCUCUGAUGCAGGAUCCCAGCCUGUUCCCUCUAGUGCUGCAUCUGCAUCUGCAUCUGCAGCAGCGUCAGUUGAGACAUCUGUCCUUCCCAGCGUGGGGACUGCGCGGCCAGCAUCCUUCAGUUAUGAGGAUCCUGACCCGGACCAGGUACCGGACCAGUCUGAGUGUCAGUCACUUGCUGCUUUUUUCUUUCAUCUGAAAGAACAAAAGAAGAGCAAGUCUGAUCUCAUCCUGCUCCGGCCACUGAUCAAUCACAGCAGAAUCAAAGGGCUGCUGGACUGUGGAGCCACCCGAAAUUUCAUGUCUCCCAGUGCAGUCAAAAAACUGCAUCUGGGCAUGAAAGUGGUGCAACUGCAGCAACCGCUGCAGGUCAGGAUAGGUGACUCCACUGCACUGACUAUCAGGGAGAAGGUCAGGGAUAUCCCUGUGACCUUCGACAGUGCUGGAGAAGUCAGACAUAGUCUGAACUUCUACAUAUUCCCUGAUCUACCCUUUGACCUGGUUUUCUCCAUGCAGUGGCUGAAAGCAGUCAACCCAAGGAUUGAGUGGCAGAUCCCCAAGGUUGAGCUGCCGAACAGCACGCGGGUGUAUCAGCCAUGCAUGAUUGCUACUGAACACCACCCUAAUACCUCAUGCUUCUGCCUGAGAGCGAAAGAGUUUUAUGCUCUCUCACGCCAGUAUGACCACGAGCGUAUGUUCAUAGCUCUGGUCAAGCAGACAAACGCUACCACUGUUUCCUGUCCUCCUGAGAUACAGCAGGUGGUGGACCAGUAUGCUGAUCUGAUGCAGGAGCCCUUCGGGUUACCCAACCGGCCAACCAAGCAUCACAUUGAGCUGCUGCCUGGAGCGGUUCCUCCCAAGGGCCGCAUCUACAGGAUGUCCCCUACUGAGCUUGAGGAGCUAAGACGACAGCUUGAGACCCUGACCAGCAAGGGCUGGAUCAGGCCCAACACUUUUGAAUUCGGCGCCCCAGUCCUCUUUGUUCCCAAAGGGAGUGGCGAGUUCAGAAUGUGCAUCGACUACAGGGGUUUCAACAAGAUCACUAGGAAGAGUACAGAGCCCCUUCCGAGGAUCGAUGACCUUCUGGAUAUGGUCCAGGGAUGCAUCAUCUUCAGCAAAGUCGACCUCAAGUCUGGUUAUCACCAGAUUGAGAUGGCAGAGGCGGAUGUUUACAAGACAGCCUUCAAAACCAGAUAUGGUACUUGUGAGUAUCUGGUUAUGCCAUUUGGACUUUGCAAUGCACCUGGCACGUUCCAGACAGAGAUGCACCGCAUCUUCAGGCCUUACCUGGAUAAGUUUAUGGUUGUCUACCUGGAUGAUAUCCUGGUAUUCAGCAAAACUACCAGGGAACAUGCGGAGCACCUGACUCUGGUUCUUCAGUCAUUACGUGACAGCCAAUAUAAGAUCAACAAAGAAAAAUCCUCUUUUGGAGUUCCCUCUGUGGUCUACCUGGGUCAUGUAAUCUCUGGAGAUGGUCUGGCCCCUGAAGCAGCCAAAAUUGUUGCUAUUCAGGAUUGGCCACAGCCCCAGACAAUGAGAGAUGUCCGGUCUUUCUUGGGUCUGGCCUCAUACUACAGAAAGUUCGUCAGGAACUUUUCUGCAGUGGCUGCACCCCUGACUAACCUCACAAAGAAAGACACUCUUUUUCUUUGGUCUCUUCACUGCCAGAUGGCCUUUGCACGACUCAAACAGGCCUUGACUCGUGCCCCUGUUCUGAAGCUAUCUGACCCCACUUUGCCAUUUGUCUUGACCAGUGACGCCAGUCAGUAUGGCAUUGGGGCAGUACUUCAGCAGGAUGAUGGGAAUGGUCUGAGACCUGUCGAGUUUACGAGUAAGAAGAUCAAGACUCAGAAGCUUCAGGACUCUACCUACGAGAAAGAGCUAUAUGCUCUUUUCAAUCCCAAUUCUGAACCUGGUUAUGCCAUGAGUUCAAAUCUGCUGUACACUUACAGCAGAGGAGAGGAGCGCUUAUGCAUUCCUGAGGAUCAACAACUUAGGACACUGCUGAUGUCAGAGUGCCACGAUGCGCGUGGACACUUUGGGUUCUUGAAGUCGUAUGCAGCCCUGUCGCAGCGCUUCUUCUGGAAGGAGAUGCGGAGUGAUAUGUUGCGCUAUGUGGAGACCUGUGAGCUAUGUCAGAGGAAUAAGGUUCAGCGGAAACCUCCUCUGGGAUUGCUCAAGCCCUUGCCCAUACCUGAUCGUCCUGCUCAGUCUGUGUCUAUUGACUUUACAGACUUAGGCAAGACCACCCCUCGUGGCAUGCGUCAGGUCAUGGUCUGCGUUGACAGGUUUUCCAAAUACGCAGAGUUCAUCCCCUUGCCAGAGGUAGCAAGGGUCCCGACUGUGAGAGCAGCCUUCUCUGAGAGGUGGGUCACGCACCAUGGACCGCCCACUUCUAUUGUCAGUGAUCGAGAUCCCCGAUUUUGCAGCGAUGAGUGGCAGUCCUACUGUAAGGACUACCUACACUCUCGACUGGAUAUGACUUCUAGUCGUCAUCCUGAAGCCAAUGGUCAGGCUGAAGUGAUGAACCAGAUCUUGUUCCAAUUGCUGCGUCCUGUCAUCUCACCAGAUCAACAAGACUGGGACAUCCAUCUCGCUCGUGCACAGCUCGUGUAUAACAUGUUUGUCGACUCCUCGACUGGAUUCAGUCCCUAUCGACUACAUUGGGGACGAGAGCCACGUCAGCCUCUCGAUGAUAUCAUCGACAAGGCUAAGACAGACCUGACCCCAGGCACAGCGGAGUUCACCAGACGCUAUCGUCUGGAUGUGGAAAGAGCUCGGGCGAACUUGUUCAAAGCCCAAAAGGCUAUGAUUGAACAAGCUAAUCGCCAUAGCAGACCUUCCCCCAUCCACACUGGUGAUUAUGUUUGGGUGGCCAGUUCAGAGUUGUCGAGGGAGGAGGAUAUUUCUCCUAAGCUGUUGCCACGAUACCUGGGUCCGUGGCAGGUGUUAGAUACAGUAGGGGCUGAUCCCUUUGGUCCGUCCUACACCAUUGAUGUCCCCCUGCAUCUACGUACCUAUCCGGUCUUCCAUGCAUCUAAGCUGCUUCCCUUUACUCCAGCUGAUGCAUUCCCUGACCGGCCCCCUCAGUGGGGUCCACCAAUCCCUGGUAAGGGAUAUGACAUGGAGGCCAUUGAGGAUGAGUGGGGCACUUGCCCCGACAGGCAGUAUCUUAUGAAGUUCGCCUUCCAACCCCCGACGGAGAAUCGGUGGUAUUAUAGGAAGGACCUUCUCAAGACAGCGAAGUCUAUUGUGUUGCGAGGAGGAGAGCUGGAAUUUGCAGCAAAGUUGGAGGCAGCCGCUGAUGAUGAGGAAAAUUACCUAGAGGACGUUACUCGAUCUUUGGCGGAAGCCUACAAGGAAGAUCCCAUCACGAUGGACAUCAUCAACAAACUGCAGGCCAAGGACAAGGCCACCUCCGACGAGUUUGUGAUGGUGGAUGGGUUACUCUUUCUUGAAAAGGCAGGGUUCAGAAGCUUAGUUGUUCCAUCUAGGGAAAUUUUGUGUAGUUUAUUUUUAGGUGAGUGCCGCCACGCAACGGGACAUUUCGGCUAUAAGAAGACUAGUGCUAAUUUAGUCCAGCGAUUCUGGUGGCCUAACAUGCUAGAGGAUGUGAAGAAGUACGUAGAGACCUAUCAGGUUUAUCAGCGGGAUAAGUCGCGGACUCAAGCUCCGCUUGGGCUACUAAAGCCUCUACCCAUCCCUGCUGGCCCCGAGCAGAGUAUCUCCAUGAACUUCAUGGAUACUCUCGUGACCAGCAAGAAUGGCAAGAGGCACAUCUUCGUCAUAGUUGAUAGGUUCACUAAGUAUGCUAGACUAAUUGCCAUGCCGGAGACCGCCAGGACUGAACAUGUCAUCAAGUUAUUCAUGGAUAACUGGGUGCGUGAUUUUGGACUGCCAAAGACAAUCGUAAGUGAUAGAGAUGUGCGAUUCACAAGCGAGAUGUGGAAGAAGGCCCCUGAACAGGUGGGCAGCCAGCUGCAGAUGACUUCUGGGAGUCAUCCCGAAGCAAAUGGGCAGGCUGAACAGAUGAACCGUGUGGUGCAGCAUCUGCUGAGGCAUUACAUUAAACCCAACCCGGACGACUGGGAUGAGAAAUUACCUCUCAUCGCCAGACUGUACAACAAUGAUGUACGCAGCACCAUCGGCGUUAGUCCUAAUCAACUGCAUCUAGGAUGGAAGCCUAAAUCUGCUCUAGACUUCCUCCUGCCUGAAAACCGAAUUGUUUCAACUCCCGAAACCAUUGAAUUUGGUGUUCAGUAUGAGAAACUGUUGCAGUGGACUGUCGAACAUAUCAAGAAAUCACAGGAAGCCAUGAUUGCUUCUGAGAACACGCGUCGCCGACAGACCACAUUUCAGGUAGGGGAACGUGUCUGGGUCAAGGCCAGUGAGUUGGGACAGGAGUUAGGCAUCUCUAGGAAACUAAUGCCUCAAUAUUUCGGUCCUUGGGAAGUCUUAGACAUUGUGGGGAAUGAUUUGGAUGGUCCCUCAUGCGUCAUUUGUAUCCCUGGUCACUUACGCACUUACCCUGUUUUUCACUCCUCCAAGCUUGCACCUUUCGCUUGGUCGCUGAGAUCGAUGAUGCCCCCAACCAUGGAUGGCCAAGUGGACAUCGACGACAUUGUGGAUCACAUAGACCUGCCUGUUCCAAAGCCACUGGGUAGAGGAAGACCUCCCAAACCCAAGAGAGAAUAUUGUGUCAGAUUCAGGCAUCAUACGCAUCCAAAAGAAGAUCGGUGGUUUACCAGAGAGGAAUUGAUUGACACAGCUCCUCAAGUGGUGGCAGAAUAUGAGAGGAUGUUAAAAGGGAAGGCACCUGCGAAAUAAGCAUCUCAGCGGACUUUCGAAG